UGUUGAUAAUCAUCACCACCAUGUCCUUGUGCUAGUUUUUAUGUUCUUUUUUUCUAUUCCCUUUCACUAUAUAUAUAAAUCACACAUCCAAUUCACAUUUCUAGUUUCGAGUAUUUUUGUCUUUCAAUUUCAAAAUCCAAAAUGGCACAUUUACCUCCUAGAGCACCAAACAUGACUCAAAAUUGGCCUGAUUUUUCACCGCAUCAAAAAAUCGAAACCACUACUAUCAGUCAUCAUCAUCAUCAGAACAACCCGUCAUGGGUAGAUGAAUUUCUCGAUUUCUCAUCAUCGAAACGAGGGUCUCAUCGAAGAUCCAUUAGCGAUUCCAUCGCGUUUCUCGAAGCACCUAUGGUUGAAGAAUGCCGAAUCAUUAGGCUAUCGAGUUCCGGUACUCGCACGGAAUUUGAUCGAUUCGACGAUGACCAACUUAUGUCGAUGUUUAAUAAUGAAGACAUUGCAAAUAAUAACGAACACAACUCCAUUCCUUCGUCCCCAUCGGAUCAUAACAGUAUUAAUUACGAAGAAAAGAAAUUGAUAUUACAUGUAGAGGAGGAGCAACAACAACAACAACUUAAGAUUGAACCUGAAGAAGUUGAAAGUUCAUGCAAAUCUGAUAAUGAACAAAAUGCUGCUGCUGAUCAUGAUGACCAUGUUGAAAAUUCUAGCGAAAAAAUUGUCGAUCCGAAGAGAAUUAAAAGGAUUUUGGCAAAUAGACAAUCAGCACAAAGGUCAAGGGUGAGAAAAUUACAGUACAUAUCAGAGCUAGAACGUAGCGUUACUACACUUCAAGCUGAAGUUUCAGUAUUAUCACCAAGAGUUGCAUUUUUGGACCAUCAACGUUUGGUUCUAAAUGUUGAUAAUAGUGUUCUUAAGCAAAGAAUUGCAGCUCUUGCCCAAGAUAAAAUAUUUAAAGAUGCUCAUCAAGAAGCAUUGAAGAGAGAAAUAGAGAGGUUAAGGGAAAUAUAUUACCAACAGAACUUAAAGAAGAUGGAAAAUGAUGAUGAUGAUGAUGAUCAUUCAAUAAAGACACAACAAGAUGUUAAUGGCUCUGAGAAAAAAGAACAGCUUGUCAACUGAUCAUUUUUCAGCUAUAGGAUAAAAAGAAUGUAGCUUGAGGAGAAGCACUAAGCAGAUUCAUGUGGUAUUUGGACCUACCAAGAAAGUUUCUUAUUAUGGAGGGGACAAAGAUAAGGUCACUUGAAUUCUUGCAUUGAUCACUCAAUUUCUAGGGGUCCAUAUAAACAAUUUAAAUUUAUUUAUUUUUUUGCUUAGGGAUGGGUGUCUUAUUAUUUUUAUUUUUCAAUUAUUAAUUUCUCUAUUUUUUUUAAUUAAAAAAAAUAUUUCUAUGAACUACUUUCAAAAAAUUUUAUUGUUGGAAGGGGGCAUGUGGAGUUCUUUGUAUUGAAGAUUGUGACUUGUCAGUUAGCUGUUUGAUGUCAGGGUUAUGGCACUUUUGUUUUUUAAUCAGUGUCUUUUCUUGUGAGUGGUGGUUAUUAUUUUUUUAUCUUGUAUUAUCUUGGUAAAUGUAAAUAUUUCUUUCAUUUUAUUGUAUUUGAAAUUUAAGUUUCGAAUUAGUUGAAAUCGGUCGUAUGAAUCUUUAC